AUGCCGCCCUACUCCAGCGUUCAGAAGCAACAGAUUGCGCAAUUUAUCAAUUUCACACAGGCCAAGGAUACUGUCGCCGCAAAGUUCCUGCGCGCGGCCCGGUGGGAUGUCGAGCAAGCUAUUGAUGCAUAUUUCCAGAGCCCCCAAGGCGCUGGCGGUGCCACCACCGCCCUGAAUAAGAUCUUCGACAGCUAUCGAGACGCCCCCGACGAGAACCCCGAUGGCAUCGGCAUCGAAGGCGCGAUGAAAUAUCUGGGCGAUAUUCGGGUGCAGCUGGAUGAGGUGGCCUGUCUCGGUAUCGCGGAGCUGCUGCAGUCGCCAUCGAUGGGCGAGUUCACUCGUGAAGGAUUCCUGAACGGAUGGAGACGCGUGGGAUGCGACUCGCUGGAAAAGAUGGUCGCCCACGGUGCCGCCCUCCGCUCGCAGAUCCCCUCCCAGCCCGAGCUCUUCCGUCGCGUGUACCGCUAUACCUUCCCGCUGUGCCGGAUGCAGGGCCAGCGGAACCUGCAGUUUGAAAUUGCGGCCGAGCAGUGGCGGCUGUUCUUCACACCGGAGAACGGCGGCGUGCAGUGGAAUACGGCGUCGACGCCGUGGCUGGACUGGUGGAUUGAGUUCCUGGAGGAGCGUGGGAAGCGGCCGAUCAACAAGGAUCUGUGGGAGCAGGUGGAGGUGUUUAUGCGCCGGACGCAGGAGGAUGAGGAGUUUGGGUGGUGGAGUGCGGAUGGGGCGUGGCCCGGCACGUUGGAUGAUUUUGUGGCGUGGGUGCAGAAGAAACGGGGGAAGACGGCGAUGGAGGUGGAGUGA